AUGAUUCCUUCCAACGCCAACAGCGUGAAGCCACCAAGACCAAAGACGUGUCCCACACCUUUGAUUGCCCACGGUAUGAUCGAGGAGCUUUUCGAAGGCAAGACACCAAACCAAAAGCCCCAGCUUGCACUCUACAUCACGAUAGCUGCCCCUGUCACCGGCACGAACACCCAUGUAUUCAUGCCCGGUCCCGGUCUCAAAUAUCAGACUCGAGCGAAGAUGAGGGCUAUGACUCGUAUACUUCCCAAACAAAAUUGCACCAGUGUGUCAUUCACGCUGCCAAAAAAGAACGCUACUACCUCAAAUCUUCAAGUGACACACUCAAGCACAUUCACAGUCAUAACGCCCCGCCAGUCUCAGGCACCUGCGCUCGUACAACAGUGA